AUGCUUGUUCGACAUUUGAUUGAUACUAGAACGAAAUUACCAAACAUGUCAAGAAAUAUUGAGAGUGCGGAGAAUAUAUUAAAUAACGACGCCGAUGAUGGACGCUACGUUAUGAAUAUGAAAACUUUCGAGGGACGAAAUCGUUUAAAAACAGUUACGGAUGGUAUUAUACAAUCAGUUGAUCGACAACAGGAUUCGCUAAUGCUUUGUCAACAGUUGCAAGAACAAGAUGGGUUUGACUUUAUGGAUCAGAGCAUGGAUCUCACUCCUUAUUUAAGAGAUCUACGAGGGAUAGAUGACAGUAGUGACGAUCUAGAGCCUAUUAUCGACAAACAGAGGGUACUUGAGUAUGAUGUACGAAUGCAACAUGGUGUUUGUGGAUGUGCUACUCAAUAUGCGAAUUUGACAAGUAUUGCAGAAGCUAUAAAAUCGGACACAAGUUUGGAUGAUACUUUGGUUGCAGUACCAGAAACGUCUAGUUUUGCAGCAACUUUUCAGCCGGUGAAGAUAGAAGCAACAAGUGGCGAGGAAGUAAAGGGAGAACAAAAAGCUCAGCCAACAGUAUCCGUGAAGAAGAAUACAUCAGAUCAGAUCGAAAUUUCGUUCACACCAACUAUCAAACCUAGAAAGUAUUCCUUGAAGCCAGAAGCGGAAAAGAAAAACCCACUGUACCGACUGAAGCGUGAAAAAAACAAUGAUGCCGUAAGACGGUCGCGUACUAAGGCGAAGCAGCAACAAAAAAUGAAAGAUGAGCAAAUCAAACAACUUCAAUGUCAAGUUACUGAAUUUGGUAACGCGGUAAAUGUAAAAGAUGAGCAAAUUGUAAAUCUUGAAAAUGCAAUUCAUGAAGUGAAGGAAGAAAAUCGACAUUUGCGCGUCGAAAACAUGCGACUGAAGAGUGAAUUAUAUCAAGCAAGAAAAAGAUGCUCUGCUCGUACCGCUUGA